CUUUUGUAAUGCACAUUGUGAAUUAAUAUACCUACUUACCAUUUCAUACGGCUUGACUUAUUUAACACAAAUUAAUACCAGGUGUAAUCCGGAUCCACUCAACUUCCGUAGUCAGCAUUGAUCGAUAACGGCCGUAAGACAGCUGACGACGACGACGAUUAGUUCGGCCUUUACUUGCCUGACCUACAUGUGCUGUGAUGCCCAAAUCCUAUCGACACGAAGUGUUUGAUGAACGAGUUCCUAGCCGUCGUUACAACUACCCCGAUGAACCAUACAUUAUCUACGAUUCAGAAGAUGUUGUUGAACACAAGUAUAAAGGUGAACAUCGAAAUCAUCAGGUUUACGAUACUGAACACGUCAACUCCCGCCAUCUUGACCGCAAGAGAAAGCAUGAUGAUUUGUGGGUACCUGAGGAUAUACUUGAUGUGGACGACAUUCGAAGGAAGAAGAAACACAAAAAGCACUCCCGUAGUCACAGUAAAGAUAAGAAAAGUCACCGCUCGAAACACCGCAGUUCUGAAUGUGCUGACAUCGAGGCUUUCAAGUUCAAGUCUAGCCUACUUUCUGAACUCUCAAAAAAGCCGAACUUUAAAGAAAAAAUUAUGCAAAGCUCAAAACCAGUUGAUAAAACUGAUCACACCGUGUGUGACACCUACCCACUUGACGAAGUUCCCCUUCCACCAACCAACGAUGUGAAGCCAGUCGUGCCGCCUCAGGUUACUGAUCCCUGCAUCCCUUUGGAAGAAAUAUCGUUGCCUCCUGAACCUGAAGUGGCGAAGGAAGAUAGCUGCAGUGCAUCUCAUAAACAUGCUGUUUCCCCUGUUAAACAGGCAGUUGCCGUGGAACAAAUCGAUGAAGUGGCAAUGCAGACAUCUGCCUCCGAGCUUCCCGCCCAGUUACCUUCAAGCUCGACAAUUGACAGUUGCUCCAUUAAUCGUAAACCCUCCAUUGCAGAUUUACCUCUACCGCCUGGAUUCGACACGUCCAGUCUGAACGUCUUCAUGCCGAACGCUACACCGAAAAGCGUCGGUCAUUCAACGCCCUCUUCGAAACGGACCACUAAAUCCGAAAUAAGACAAAGACCAAAGAUUUGUGAACUACGAUCAAAAACACGCAACAACCGAACUUGGGGCGAGCGUUCGGUGACCGCAUUCGAUACAUUGGUUCAAGUCGGUGAGGGUACCUAUGGCCAUGUUUACAAAGCCCGCGACAAAAUUACAGGGGAGUUUAAAGCCCUAAAAAAAGUUCGCCUUGAGAAUGAACGGGAAGGCUUUCCUAUAACGGCUGUACGUGAGAUAAAGAUAUUGCGUCAGUUGAGACACCCUAACAUCAUCAACCUGUGCGAAAUUGUCACCGACAAAGACGAUCCGUCGGACUUUAAAAAAGAUCGAGGUGCUUUUUUCUUGGUCUUCGAUUAUAUGGAUCACGACUUAUAUGGUAUCCUUGAAUCGGGUGUUGCAACUUUCUCGGAGCAACAGAUUGCUUCUCUGAUGAAGCAGUUGCUUGAUGGUCUCAGCUACUGUCACGAGAAACAUUUUCUCCAUCGGGAUAUCAAAUGUUCUAACAUACUCAUAAACAAUCGUGGUCAGUUGAAAUUAGCAGAUUUUGGAUUGGCUCGGUUGUACGUUGCUGGUGAUAAGGAAAGACCUUACACGAAUAAGGUGAUUACGCUAUGGUACCGUCCACCGGAACUAUUACUUGGGGAAGAACGUUAUGGCCCAUUUGUCGAUAUCUGGUCCUGCGGUUGUAUCUUGGGUGAACUGUUUACUCGACGGCCCAUGUUCCAGGCAAAUGAAGAAAUCGAACAGCUUGAAGUUAUAUCACGUAUUUGCGGCCACCCGGAUCCGGCAGUUUGGCCUAACGUAGAAAAGCUACCAUUCUAUGCCACAUUCAAACCGAAACGUAUGUACCGACGCCGUCUUCGUGAGGAGUACCACGUUAUUCCCACAUUGGCUUUGGAUCUGUUGGACAAUAUGCUACAACUCGAUCCCCGUCGAAGGUGCACUGCUCGACAGGCCCUUGAGUCCCAUUGGCUCCGCAAAGUAGACCCAUCACGAAUUCAACCACCAAAGUUACCGAUAGACCAGGAUUGCCACGAAAUGUGGAGCAAGAAGCGACGUCGGAUGUUACGACAGGAACAAGAAUUGAAAGCCCGAGGUGGAACUGUAGAAUCGAAGUCAAUAUCUUCUGCAAAACCUCCAGCUUCCUCUGGUCCAUCCCAAGAGAAUGAAUCAAACGCACUAAGAUCUUCCAAUGAUUUGAAAAUCACAGACUCGCAUAUUGGCUCAAUAAACCGCUUGCAACCUGGAGUACCUAAGCCUUCUUCCUCUGUUACAAAUUCCUCGACUUCAAGGAGUUCAGCCACUACCGUGCAACCGGGGCAGACAAAUGAUGCAUCUUUGUCGUCGAUAGAUAACCAAGACCUGGAGACACAGCUACAGGCUCUCUUAACAGAUCUUGCUGAUUCUGGAGUAGAGCAUGUGAAGGAUUCCAUUAUUAACGCGCUCAAGACUAAUCCUGCUAUUCUAGAGGGUAUGCAGAAUCUUCUGGGACCAAUAGAUCCCACUGAAAACGCCUCUAAAGUUUUGUCCUAUGUGUUUACUCUCCUUUCUGAAUUCGCCAACCGCGGUAACUCCUCAUUCACUGCUGAUACUAUCAUACAAACUGCUUCCCGCGUCAUUUCCGAUCCUGGUCGUCAAGCCCAGCAGAAAUCUGGCCAGCACCGCGGUUCUCUCGGUGGAUCCAGAACACAUCAGCCUUGGAAUCCCCCAAGACAGUAGCACUCGACUUCACGCAUGUACAAAAGAAUUGCCCUGCUCUCCUGUUCACAGUGGGUUGUACUCUUCUCAACCCCAUUAUCCUGUACAUACGCAUCAGAAUUGUGAUAGAGUUUGUUAAAAUAAUUUUUUAUUGCCCAUGCAGUUUGUCAUUGGAUAUUUCUGUUAUCGAUGGGCCCGCUACUUACAGUCGUGGUGAUUAAAACUACUUUCAUUGUCAUC